GCUGCUUUCUGCCGCCGCCGCCUCCUCCCUGCCGGCCCCCCGCGUGGCGCGCGGUGUUUUUGUCUUCGUGGAAGAUGACGGCGCCUUGGGUCACUUUCGCCCUGCUUUGGGGAUCGCUUUGCGCAGGCCCAGGGCGUGGGGAGGUUGAGACCAGGGAAUGCAUCUACUACAAUGCCAACUGGGAACUGGAGAAGACGAACCAGAGUGGUCUGGAACGUUGUGAGGGGGAGAAGGACAAGCGCCUUCAUUGCUAUGCCUCAUGGAGGAAUAGCUCUGGCACCAUUGAGCUCGUGAAGAAGGGCUGCUGGCUAGAUGACUUCAAUUGUUAUGAUAGACAGGAAUGUGUAGCCACCGAGGAGAACCCGCAGGUCUUCUUCUGUUGCUGUGAAGGAAAUUUCUGCAAUGAAAAGUUCACGCACUUACCUGAGGUCACUGGCCCUGAAGUUACCUAUGAGCCACCCUCGACUGUCCCUCUGCUCACAGUGCUUGCUUAUGCCUUGCUGCCUAUUGGAGGCCUUUCUCUGGCCAUUGUUAUUGCAUUUUGGAUGUACCGGCACCGAAAGCCUCCCUACGGUCAUGUGGAUGUCAAUGAGGACCCGGGUCCUCCACCUCCUUCACCACUUGUUGGCCUGAAACCAUUGCAACUGCUGGAGAUCAAGGCCCGGGGACGUUUUGGCUGUGUCUGGAAGGCUCAGCUUAUGAAUGACUAUGUAGCAGUGAAGAUUUUUCCAUUACAGGACAAACAGUCCUGGCAGAGUGAACGGGACAUCUUCAGCACGCCAGGCAUGAAACAUGAAAACCUGCUCCAGUUCAUUGCAGCAGAAAAGAGAGGUUCCAACCUGGAGGUGGAGCUGUGGCUCAUCACGGCCUUCCAUGACAAGGGUUCUCUCACAGAUUACUUAAAAGGGAACAUUGUUACUUGGAAUGAGCUGUGUCACGUAGCUGAGACCAUGUCCCGAGGCCUGUCCUACCUGCAUGAGGAUGUGCCCUGGUGCCGAGGAGAGGGCCACAAGCCAGCCAUUGCCCACAGGGAUUUCAAGAGCAAGAACGUCUUGCUGAAGAGUGACCUCACGGCUGUCUUAGCUGACUUUGGACUGGCUGUGCGGUUUGAACCAGGAAAGCCACCAGGGGACACCCAUGGACAGGUAGGAACCAGGCGGUACAUGGCUCCUGAGGUGCUGGAGGGCGCAAUCAACUUCCAGAGAGAUGCUUUCCUGAGGAUUGAUAUGUACGCAAUGGGGCUGGUACUAUGGGAGCUGGUGUCUAGAUGCACAGCUGUGGAUGGGCCUGUGGAUGAGUACAUGUUACCUUUUGAGGAAGAGAUUGGUCAACAUCCAUCCCUGGAAGACCUGCAGGAAGUGGUGGUGCAUAAGAAGAUGCGCCCUGCCUUCAAGGAUCACUGGUUGAAGCAUCCUGGGUUGGCACAGCUUUGUGUGACGAUUGAAGAAUGCUGGGACCACGAUGCCGAGGCCAGACUCUCUGCAGGCUGUGUGGAGGAACGUGUUUCCUUGAUCCGCAAAUCUGUCAAUGGCACUACCUCGGACUGCCUCGUCUCGCUCGUGACAUCUGUCACCAAUGUGGACUUGCCCCCCAAAGAGUCGAGUAUCUAAGUCCUGGGUCCUAUUUGUCUUUCCAGACUCAGUGAAUUUGAAGAAGAAAAAAGUAAAAAAUAACAAAAAAAAACAAAAACAAAAAAAAUCCAUAAAACCAACGAACACAUGAAUGCAGCUGCUAUUUUAUCUUGACCUUUUUAUUAUUAUUAUUAUAAUUAUUAUUAUUAUUAUUGUUAUUUUUUGAUUGGAUCAAUUUUUAC